CCGGUUUUAAUAGGUCGGAAACAUAACACGUGGAAGAGAGAUUAAUCCAUAUGGUGUUAGCAGAAAAGCUUUCCACAUAACUUCCACAACCAUGGCGUCUUCUGUCUCCCAGUAUUCAUUUUUCUCUUCAUCAAUCAAAUCCCCCAUUGAAACAACUCCCAGAAGAAAGAUUGCCUUAAUCAAGGCCCAAAAGGAUUCAUCACAGUCCUCUUCGGAGUCCCAGCCACCAGAUCCAGUGAAGCUCGCGCUAGCUAGAGCCAAAGCAUAUAAGAAAUCAAUCCAGUCAAACCCAACUCCUAAAAUUUCCCAAAACCAAAACCCUGUUUCAGAGAUUGCAGAAGCUGGAGGAAACAACGAUGGGUCACUCGCUAGAGUUACAAUGGAGGGAGCAAAAGAGUAUAAGGAGAAAAAUAGAGGAAUCCAACAAAGAAAGAGUGAGGUUUUGACGAAUGAAGUUGUUGAUAAGAAGGAGAGACCCACAGUUUCAGCAAUCGACUUUGUGGGAUUAGGGUUUGCUGAUAAGAAGGAAGGAAGAGGAUUGCCAGCUGGCUUGAUUCCAAUAAGCGAUUCUUUUUCAUCAGGGGAUUUGCCUGAUGUGGAAAUCAUUGUCGGGGAUAUAAGCAGGUUUGAAAAAAAGGAAAAAAACACCGAAUCAAAUACAACUACAGAAGAAGAUGAAGAUUCAGAACUUUAUAAGCCCAAAGUCUCUACAUGGGGAGUUUUCCCUAGACCAAACAACAUUUCCAAAACAUAUGGUGGUGGGAAAACUAUUCGUCCUGGAGAUGUGCUUGAGACUGCAGAAUCCAAGGCUGCAAAAGAUGCAAGGACAAAAAAAAUGAUUGCUGCCUAUAAACGCCAAAUGGGUUUGAAUAUUGAUCCAAAAUUGAAAGCAGAGUGUGAGAAGGAUUUGAAUGAUGGAGACUCGUUAAUGGAGAUUGGAAAGCUGAAGGAUGCAAUACCCUUCUAUGAGAAAGUUAUGGAUAAGUUGGUAUACCAGAGUGAACUUCAUGGUUUAGCUGCAUUGCAAUGGUCUAUUUGCCUAGACUCCCUCAACAGAUCCGAUGAAGCCCGUGUUAUGUAUGAGAAGCUGCAGUCUCACCCAAAUGUUAGUGUGAGCAAGAAAGCAAGGCAGUUCGUGUUCAGCUUCCAGGCAAUGGAGAUGAUGAAGGUUAGGAGUUCAAGUGCUUCAAAACGUAAAACUGGGUACCAAAAUUUCUUUGAUGCAUUUGUGGAAAACAAGAACAAUUUGUCUCUAAACGAAACCGAAGUUGAGGAAGAUGCAGCAUUUCAAGCUCUACCAUAUGUGAUUUUUCUUGUUUCUCCUAUCCUAAUGAUACUGGUGAUUGCUGUACAGAAAAGGCUAGUAUAG